AUGGCUGAUACAUCAGAUAGCGUUUCCGCCACUCUACGCGACAAAGAAUCCCAGGAUGAAAAGACUAGAGACGACGCCGCUUCAACACAAAGCCAAACAAACGAUGAGCAAGAUCAAUGUUGCGACACCAUUGAAGAACCCCCGGAUGGCGGUUUACAAGCUUGGUUACAGGUAGUAACAGGCCAUCUCGUCAUGUUCAACUCAUGGGGCUACUUUAUCAGCUUCGGCAUCUUCCAACCACACUACGAAUCCGAAUUCUCCCUUCCACCCUCAACAGUCUCAUGGAUCGGCAGUCUCCAAGUCUGCCUCAUUUUCUUCAUCGGCACAUUCUCCGGCCGUGCUUUCGACGCAGGGUACUACCGCACCGCAUUAGUAGCAGGCCUCUUUUUACAAAUCCUGGGUAUCUUCAUGACCAGCAUCGCCACAGCGUACUGGCAAGUCCUUCUCGCGCAGGGAAUAUGUCAAGGUUUAGGAAACGGCAUCUUGUUUGCGCCGACGAUAGCAAACAUGUCUACGUACUUUACUCGCAAAAAGACAAUUGCAAUCUCCGCUGCUGCUUGUGGUGCUGCCACGGGCGGAAUGGUGUUUCCUCUUAUUGCGCAGCAGCUUCUUCCCAAGAUUGGCUUUCGGUGGACGGUGCGAGUGAUGGGAUUGGUAGUGAUUGUGGUAUCUUCGAUAGUUCUGUUGCUUGCUAGGACGAGACUUAAAGCGAGAAAGGCUGGACCGCUUGUUGAGUGGGCGGCGUUUAAAGAGCCUUCGUACGUGUUAUUUGCGGUGGCUAUGUUUUUUACUCUGUGGCCGACUUGGAUCUCAUACAACUAUGCUCGUCAAUACGCAACAGACAAACUCGGCGGUUCAGCCUCAGACUCAUUCCUCAUGCUCAUCGCCAUAAACGCAGUCGGAAUCCCAGGCCGAAUGAUAUCAGCCUUUCUCGCCGAUCGCUUAUUCGGAGCAAUCAACGUCUUUAUCCCCACCAUCUUCUCUGCCGCAUUGUGUCUAUACAUGUGGUCACAGGUAACCACGCUCACAGGCGGUUUCGUCUGGUUUGGCUGCUUUGACGGGGUCGCCUUUGGCUGGGAAAUUGAUGCAGGUGACGGAUGGGAAUUAUUUGGCGGCGCAGAUUUGGGGUGGGAGUAG